AACAUCAAUUUUCAUACACUUCCCUUCCAAGUUUCAAAGUGCAGACCGGUUACAAUUUCACUAUUCACUGUUACAAAAGAAGAAAAGCAUGCUUCUUCUCUUCAUCUUCCUCUGUUCCUCGUUCACAGUGACAUUGCUCCAAUUUUUUCAGCUUCAGAAACCGAAAAGGCAAUAACUUUUUCGAAACCCACUUUCCUUUUUCUCCAAAGUUCGAAUUUUUUGCCCUUGUUAUGUCAAUUCAACCAAAAACCGAACCUGGGUCACCCCCCAUUCUCUCAUCAACCAGUAACAAAAGCUUGGAGACGAUGAGCAUUCCUGAGCUCAUUCAAAUUCUUCGAGUUAAGUGGCAAAAAGAGGAUUAUGACAGAGUUGAAGAGGUUUUGGUAGAAAGAGAGGAAAAACUUAAAACCAAGGCUGGUCAACUUGAAGAGAAGUUUCAGCUUCAGAGUCUAGCAAGGAUUGAUGCUGAGGAUAAAUUGAAGAAGAAAGAGCAACAGUGUGAGAAGGUACAGGGGCUUUAUGAGACGUUGUUUAAAGGAGUGAAGGAAAGUGGGUUGGACAAGGCAACUAUUGAGAAUUUGAGGAAGAAGAACAAAGAGUUAGAGUGCGAGAAUCUUAAGUUGUUGGAGUUGAAGAAGAAAUGUGAGGUUGAUGGCAAUGCUGUUGAUGAAUUAAGGAAGAAAGUGGCCGAGUUAGAGGCUGAAAAGAAGAAUAAUUUGGAUACCAUUGCUGAGUUGAAAGAUGAGAAUGGGAAGUUGGUGGACGAGAAAUUGAAGGCUGAUUGUAAGUUUUUGGAAUUGCUUGAUAGGGUUGUGAAAUUGGAGGAAAGUACAAAGCUUUUGAUGAGUAAUGCUUCUUUUGAUGGAGAGCAUGAUAUUAAUGAAGCUGAUGAUCCUGGUUUUUCUUUUAAAGUCAAAGAAGAAGUGAAGGAUUUCAAUGAUGAAGUUAAUGAUGGUUCUCUACCUUUGCAACACAAAGAUUUUCAUCAAUCUUAUGGUGCUGCAGCUGCUGAGGUAGGAUCCAAAUUGCAAAAUAUCAUUGAGAUCAGUGACAGCGACCAUGAUGAUGAUAAUAUCCCUAUUUCACGAGUAACACAAGCAAAAACUACUGAGUCACGCAAAAGAAAGUUCCCAUUCUCACAAUCUUGUUCUGACAGUAGGAGUGGUAGUUUUGGUUAACUCAGGUACAUAGGUCCUGCAUUAUUAGACUCCUUUCUAAGGACUAAGGUAUAAUUCCUAUACACAUUCAAGUCAAAAAUGGUUCUAAACUUCUAACUUCUCCUUUCAUGGAUUGAAAACAAUGAUGUGCAGAUUGCUCUCUGUAGUCUAAUACAUGGAAGUUUAUGUUAGUUCUUAGUCUUGAAAAU